AUGAUUACAAGGGGAAACAGCACCGAAGUCACCCAGUUCAUCCUCCUGGGGUUUGCAGAUUUCCCCAGAAUCCUAAGCCUGCUCUUUGUCACAUUCCUCCUCAUCUACAUUACCACUCUGGCCUGGAAUCUGUCCCUCAUUGUUCUAAUCAGAAUGGACUCUCACCUCCACACGCCCAUGUAUUUCUUUCUCUGUAACCUGUCCAUCAUAGACCUUUGCUAUGUCACCUGCACUGUCCCAAAAAUGCUCUCAGACUUUUUUCAGGAGAAGAAAACUAUCAGCUUUGUGGGCUGCAUUGCUCAGAAUUUCAUCUUUUCCACCCUGGGGCUGAGCGAAUCUUGCCUCAUGACAGCCAUGGCCUAUGACAGACAUGCUGCCAUCUGUAACCCUCUGCUCUAUUCAUCAAUCAUGUCACCCACCCUUUGCAUUCUGAUGGUGCUGGCGUCCUAUAUGUCUGGGCUCACUGCUUCUUUACUUCAGUUGUUUGCUUUGCUUCAUCUCCACUUCUGUGGGCCCAGUGUCAUCAAGCACUUCUUCUGUGACAUGCCACAGUUGCUAAUUCUGUCCUGCACAGACACUUUCUUUGUACAAGUCCUGACUGCAAUAUUAACAAUGAUCUUUGGAUUUGUAAAUGUGCUAGUGAUCAUGAUAUCCUACGGCUACAUCGUCUUGUCCAUCCUGAAGAUCACGUCAGCUAAGGGCAGGUCCAAGGCCUUCAACACCUGUGCUUCCCACCUGACGGCCGUUUCCCUAUUUUACACCUCCAGUAUCUUUGUCUAUUUGAGUUCCAGCUCUGGUGGCUCCUCCAGCUUUGACAGAUUUGCAUCUGUCUUCUACACCGUGGUGAUUCCCAUGUUGAACCCUUUGAUAUACAGUCUGAGGAACAAGGAAAUCAAAGAUGCCAUGAAGAGGUUGCAGAAAAAGACAAUCUGCAGCUAG